AGUCGGGGACAAUGUCCACAACUCUUUGAAAAGCUUUUUAACAAUAAUACUGUGAAGAAAGAUCUUAUUCUUUUAUCUUAUUGGAGAGAGGAUUUACAACAUUUUAGCAGUUAGAAGAUAAAAGAUAAUAUUUGAAGGCUCAGAAUCACCUUCAGCUCUUCAUAAAUAUGAAUUCUACUCUUUUCUCAUCACCUCGGGAUACAUUACAAAACAUUGCAUCUCAGUUUGGAUGUAGCCUGCAUGAUGAGACGCUGGCACUUCAUUUGGAUGAGCGAGAUGAAUUAAGACACCUUAGACAAUGUUUUCACAUUCCAAAAAAUGCAGAUCUACCAACAACAGAAAAGUGUCUUGUUAAUGAAGAAAAUGAAUGCAUAUACUUCUGUGGUAACUCACUUGGGCUUUUACCAAAGAAUGUAAAAACCUACAUCGAUGAAGAGCUAGACAAAUGGGCAAAAAUGGGUGUUCAUGGACAUUUCACUGGCAAACGCCCAUGGGCUUUAGCUGAUGAAUGUAUUUUGGAUCUUAUGGCCAAAGUGGUUGGUGCCACAAAGGAAGAGGUAGCAUUAAUGAAUGGGCUGACUGUUAAUUUGCAUCUUCAAAUGUUAUCUUUUUAUAAACCUACAGAAGAUCGGUACAAAAUUCUACUUGAGGCUAAAGCUUUUCCAUCUGACCAUUAUGCUGUUGAAUCUCAAAUUAGAUUUCACGGUCUUGAUGUUGAAAAGGCUAUGAUACUAGUACAACCACGAAAGGGGGAAGAAACUCUAAGAACUGAAGAUAUCCUUUCAAUUAUAGAAAAGGAUGGUGAUUCCAUAGCUUUAAUUCUGUUCAGUGGAGUGCAGUAUUACACCGGACAGCUGUUUGACAUGCCAAAGAUUACAGAAGCCGGACAUAAAAAGGGGUGCUUUGUUGGCUUUGAUUUGGCCCACGCUGUUGGAAAUGUCGAACUCUAUCUGCACGACUGGGAAGUUGAUUUUGCUUGUUGGUGCUCUUAUAAGUACUUGAAUUCUGGAGCUGGUGGGAUAGCUGGUGCAUUUAUUCAUAAAAAACAUUCCAACACCAUCAAACCUUCGUUGAUUGGAUGGUGGGGACAUGAGUUUAAAACUAGAUUCAACAUGGAAAACAAAUUGAAAUUAAGCCCAGGCAUUGAUGGCUUUCGACUUUCAAAUCCUCCUAUUCUCUUGGUCUGUUCCGUGCAUGCUAGUUUAGAGGUCUUCGAUCAAACCAGCAUGAAAGAAUUAAGAAAAAAGUCAAAACUACUGACUGGCUACUUGGAAUAUUUAAUUAUGUAUUACUACGGCAACAAAAACAGUGAACCUCAGAAACCUUUUGUAAAAAUUGUAACACCUUCUAAUGUUGAAGAAAGAGGAUGUCAGCUUUCAUUAUCUUUUUCUUUCCCAAUAAAAGCUGUUCAUGAAGAGCUUGAAAAGAGAGGAGUAGUAUGUGACAUGCGAGAACCAAAUCAUUUAAGAAUUGCACCAGUACCUCUCUACAACUCGUUCCAUGAUGUUUACAGAUUUAUUAAUAUUCUCCGUGAUGCAAUAUCAUCCAUUGAAGAAAUUUCCAAAAAAUAAAGAAAAGAAAGUUGCUCAUAUACUCAAAAGGUUCUAAUUUGGAUCUACCUGGUGUUGCUUAUUUUUCUUGACUACAGUUGUACUUUUUAAUUACAUAUUGUUCAUUAAGCUAACAUCAAAAUUAAAGAA